CACAGAAAGAGCCUAGAGACAAGCUUACAUGAGCAAACUUUUUAACACAACACAUGAGGCUUCACUGCUCAGUUCGACCCAGACAUCAUGACUCAACAUUUGUUUAAAAUAUUCCUCCCUGCAACUCUCCUGGGGCUGUCUCUGCUUAAUCAGAGCAUACUUGCAGAUGGGCAAAGUACAGCUACAGGUGUUGUUGCUAAUCUUACUGUCUCUAGCAAAACCAUAUCAUCUGUGUCUCUAACCUGGAAUAUGCAACCUGGGAACAGCUCCUUGUUUAUAGUAAACUGGACUGGUGACAAUGUGAGUAGCAGCAGUAACACUUCAAACCUGUCUUACACUGUCACUGGUCUGCCUGCUGGAGUGAACUACACAUUCAGUGUUACUGCAGUUGCUGUAGAUGGACAAACUACAGGAGCACCAAAUCAAAUCUCAGCAUUUACAAACCCAGAUGUCGUCACCAUACUCAACAUCUCUAACCAUACCACAUCAUCUGUUUAUCUAACCUGGAAUAAACCAACUGGGAACAGCUCCUUGUUUAUAAUAAACUGGACUGGUGACAGUGUGAAUGUCAGCAGUAACACUUCAAAUCUGUCUUACACUGUCACUGGUCUAACUGCUGGAGUGAACUACACAUUCAGUGUUACUGCAGUUGCUGCAGAUGGACAAACUACAGGAGCACCAACUCAGAUCUCAACAUUCACAAGGCCGGACAUUGUCAAAAAUCACUCGUUCUCUGGAGUCACAAACACAUCUGCAAAUCUGGACUGGACUCAACCUUCAGGGGAGAGAUCUUUCUUUAGAGUUCAGUGGAUAACUGGCAAUAUGUCUUUAAAUUCUUCAACUUAUCCAACUGCCUUUAAUAUCACCAAGCUACAGCCUGGAACUAAUUACACAUUUACAGUAUCAGCUGUUGCUGCUGAUAAUACAACAGAAGGAUUCCUGGUUGGCCUUUCCACUUGCACAGGUGCAAGUCCUGUCUUUAACAUAAACUGUGAAGGACCAAAUCGCACUGCAACAGCUCUGCUAAACAUAACAUGGAUAAAUCCUCCAGGCAAUAACAAUGGAUUCAAUAUCAGUCUCAAUGAAUCAUUCAGCGACUUUGUUCCAUCUUGCAAUCCUGUCUGUAACUACAUUUUUUCUAGAAACCUUCAGUACUUUAGCUCUUACACAGUGAUUAUUUCAACUCAAGGAUGUGGUGAGAGUGGCAUAUCAGUCUUUACGUGCAGAACAGGCAUUACAGGGCCACCAGUGCCCAGUAAUCCGGAUGAGGUAGUAAAAGUGGUCACUCCAAUGAGCGAGACUGUAAUAACUCUGGAAUUCAGUCACACUCUUCUGAAUAGCUCUAAUGGACCAAUUCAAGCUUAUGGUGUUUUGCUGUCAACUGACUUUCAGAGUAAUAUAUCCAGUUCUUUCCUAACAAAGACAUAUAAUAAUUGGAAACAAAAAAAUCCAACAACAUAUCUAACGGUUUUAAAAUUAAAUGAAAAUAGUAUCAGAAGCGAAGUGAUUCAAAUUAAACUUGGAAAUAACAAUGUCUCAGAUGUCCUCAGUAAUACAGAUUAUAAAAACGGACCUUUGUCUAAUCAGGAAUACAGGGUGGCCCUGGUUCUGUUCACCUACAUGGAAAUCAAGGACAGGCUUGUGGACAUUCAGCAGUCAGUCUUCUCUGUGACACCUUUUGCCAGCAUCACUGCAAAACCACUGGACUCCCUAUCAAACACUGUUACAAUUGUUUUGGGGGUGCUGUUGCCCAUCAUCUGUUCUUUAAUCAUCAUUACCAUCAUCUGUAAUUCGAGAAGGCUUUGGCAUCAUCACAACUUUGACCAGAAUAAAGCAGUUUCUGAAAGUAUUGAUCUACAGCCAACCUACUGUAUGUUAAUUUCACUAAUGCACCAAGACCAACUCUAGGUUCUGCUUCCAAUUUUGUUUAAAGAACCUAAAAGAAGCACAUGCUGAAACACCCCUGAGCUUUUCCAUCCAAAUGCCUUGGAUUGUAAUGAACCUAACUGCGUCAUUGCAGCUCAUCACUAAAUUUACAGCAAUCUUCUUUGACUGUUUGCUUGCUUAUGACUGAUUAACAAAUAAAUAGCUCACUAGGUGAGCUCAACAUAUACUGUACAGUACCCUCCUCCUGAUGUGACCUUUGGGUUCAAGAUCUAUCCAUAAAUAUGUGACUACAUGUCCUGCACAGCACACACUUUUUUUGUGGCUAUUAUUACUUUUGUGAUAACAUUCUACAUAUACAGUAUCAGUAUGUGUGUGUGUGUGUGUGUGUGUGUGUGUGUUUUAAAUGAUACCAUUGUGUGUGUUUUAAAUGAUAACAAUGAUACCAAUUGCUUAUUAUAAUUAAUAAGCAAUGAAGCAACUUAAGUAAACUACUAAUGACAAAAUCGUCUACCUCAGUAUACAAUGUGGCUGAUUAUAAGAUGAAACUAGGGUAACUCACUGUGCAUAAAACAUCAUCUUUGUAGGUAUGGUGUUUAGACCAUUGUCAGCUUUAUGUAAAAUUCAUUUGACUGAAGCUAUCAGCUGUAUAAGCUAAAAAGCAGGAUGAUAAAGACUUAUGUUGUAACAUUGAAAUAAGUAUAGAUAUAGAUUUUAUAAAGCAUGAGGUGAUAGUUUAAUUGUGUGAAGUGAUCCAUGUAUUUUGUAUUAUGUAAUACCUGUAUCUAUCCAUAAAAAAUAAGUUUUUUUUAAAAAAGACGUUUUGUCUAUGC